AUGGUGUUGCUUAAAAGUGACGGGUUUCCCACCUAUCAUCUCGCUAACAUAGUGGAUGAUCGGGCUAUGCACAUCUCUCACGUCAUUCGUGGUAUGGAGUGGUUAAGCAGUACGGGUAAACACUGUGCUUACUGUACUAAGGCAUUUGGAUGGCCAACACCGAAAUGGCUUCACCUCCCUCUCAUAACUCGAGAUGGCAAGAAGAAACUCUCUAAAAGGGAUAAGGAUGCAUUCGUUGACUUUUAUGAGCAAGAGCUCGGUGCACUCCCGAAAGCCGUUUUGAAUUUACUGAUUCGAAACGGCAGUGGUAUUCGUGACUUCAGCAGCUCUCACCUCUAUAGUCUUGAUGAGAUGAUUGCAAAUUUUGACGAACGCUGCAUCGGAAAACGUAACUUGCAGCUCGAUCAUGAGACUUUGGAAAGGUAUGGCCGUAUGGCUUUUACUGAGUCAGAUUUUGAGACCGAAUUAUUGCCGACAGUACGCCGGCUGAUUGAGCAUGACUUGCCAUCCAUACAAGUCCCAGAUGAUGUUUAUCUUAAGAAGGUAUUGAGUUUCCUGAAAGCCAAUGAAGAAAGCUUUGCGUUUUUGUCAUCAUUAACAAAAGGCGAUUUCCGAUGGUUUCUAACCAAGCCCAUGGCAGCUGAACGUCUUUUGUCGGUGACAGACCGAGAAACGGCUCUGGAGACUCUAACGUAUUUGCAAGAAUGCGGUAAGUCUAAUAAAUUGAUCUAA